GCUAAAGAAGACGCACACCGUACAGAAAUCCUUAGACGACGAUGCUGAGCCGAACCAUCCGCCAGGCGGCCACGCAGGCCAAGCGUCAGGGCGCCCGCAUGGCGUCCACCAAGCGCUCGUCUGUGAACGGCAAGGGUGCGUUUGACGGCGCCUACAAUAUUUUCAUGAAGAGCUCGCCCGUGUACGUGACCACGGUGCUGAUUGCCACGCUGAUCGCCGAGGGCGUCUACGGCUCGGCCACGAACUACAUCUGGGAGGCCAACAACCGCGGCCGUCUGUACCACCACAUCGACUGGUCCAAGUUCGCCGAGGAUGAGGAAGAUGAAGAAGAGGAUGAAGAAGAAGAGGAGGAGGACGCCCACGAGGAUGAUGAGGAGGACGAGUAAACUGGUUGAUUCGUAAUGACUCAAUACUACGCAAUCCGCAGCGUUCUGGACUACUAUUCGACAACCGAACGCAUGAGUUAAUGCGGGGGAGUGAUGGCAAUACGGCUAUGCGUUACGGAGGCAGCAGUAGCCGCUUCGUACGCUAACUGCCAGAAACACGAAGAAAAAUACUAGGA